AUGGAAGAAUUUGGCAAAAUGGCUUCUAAUCUUUCCCCGACCAACUCCACCACCGAAUUAGCGGCACCUGCUCAUGACACUGCUUCCAAUGCGAGCAGCAAUUAUGGCGGCAUCGACCCUGAGGUUGAAGAAAACCUCUAUAUUCUACCCUAUGUCUCCGAUGAGGGCUUGCGCGACGACGCAACAGAUCGCCGGAAAACAAUCGGAUCAUCUCAAGGCGAAUACUAUCCUCUCCCCGCUGGUUUCAACCUCGGCACAGUUUCUGACGCGCACUCGCCGCCUGCCACCGAUGGCUGCCGACUCCUCUCACUCCCAUCCGAGCUCAUAGACACGAUUCUUGCUUACCUGCCACCUUGCGACUUGGCAAUCGUAUCCGAAACUUGCCGCAGUCUUCAUGCGCAUGCUACAUCCGACGUUCACUGGUAUCAAAGAGUCCAAGUCAACGUACCGGGAACGAAGCUAGAGACACCAUACCCGUGCAGCUCGUACCGCGAGCUGUACGCUGCACAUGACCCGAGGUGGUUUUUGCCGAAAUACAAGAUAUGGUUUUGCGACCGAGACCUUAUGGGCAAGAUGAUCGUUGUGAGGUAUGACCAGCGGAGGGGCUGUAUCGAAGGUUACCAGCUCUUGGCUAUCAGCAACCGCACCACAUACCAGCACUGGCCUGCCGAUACUAGCGUCAUGAUUCAUGCAUUUGAACCUCGUGUCAAAUUACAUCUCGACAAACCGGUGCUUCAGUUUCACGUACGUGACCGCGACGAUGGAUCUGCAUUUUACGAGGCUAUGAGAAGUCGGUUUGCUGCAGAGGUGCCCAUGGUAAUUGAUGAUCGGUCAGAUGCUAUGUUUAGCAACUUCCUAAUGGCUCGGCCGCUGGAUGCGGCAACGGCUACUUCAAAGAUGGGUACACCGUUUCCUUACGGUAACGUGUGGCCUCCUCCCGCCAUACCUGCCCGGCAUCGUGUAGCCGGUAUCGCCUCGGGGUUGGAUGCUGGUCUUUCACCCACCGAUUUACCAACGCAGCGAGCCGAGGCAUCGGAUCAAGCGUUCCGAAUCCGGCAGUGGAUGGAGAUGGCAGGCACUCCAAGACCAGGUAUGUUGGUGGGCGCGGGCCCUAUUGGCCUGAUAAGGGCGAUUCAUGCCAACAUGGCGAUUGGGGGGCGAGGUGUACCUGGCGUACACAUCGGCGAAGAAGUGGUGACAUAUUCAACACUUGAUCCUGUCGUGUACACUCCCACACCGCUCAAACCGUGGCGCGGUAUCUGGGUUGGGGACUACAGCGGGCAUGGCUGCGAAUUUUUGUUGAUCAAUCAGCCAGACGAUGAAGAAGUCUCUGAUGACGAACUUGGCCUUGUACGCGGCGCCGAUGAAUCUGACAACGACUGGGCACACCGUCGUACAGAAGCGAGGGUGCACCGAGGUCGUCUUGAGGCGAUCAAGCUUACCGGGGACCCGAAUGUGCCACGAGGAGAGUAUACUUUCGUUGCGGACGAUCUGGGCGACGCCGGUUUCGUUGGUUUGGCCCAAGAACCCCCAUUUCAGGGCACGCGGGUUGUAAGGAGCAAAGGGCAUGUGGCGGGUACUGGGUUUCUGGAAGACAGAUACAUCGAGUCCCAGCUCAUGCUUAUUUCGCAUAACCGGCUUGCUCAGUACUGGGUCACUUUUGGCCAUAUCAGUUUCUUUGAGCGAGUGAAUAUUGACGAGUUCAUAGCUCCUUAG